GUCUGUCUCUCUUCCUCCCCCCAACUGGCCAUGACCUUCCCUUCCACUGCCUGAAAAUUUCCUUUUUCAAACAGGGUCAUGAAUAAGACAUGGGAAGGUUGCGCAGAGCCAAGCUGCAGGUGCUGAGCCUCCUGGCCAGAGCAAGCAUCCUCCCUCAGAGUGAAGUGGACCGGAUUUGCUGCCUCUUCUGUCAUUUCUCUGGCAGGAAUCCUGAUCCUGACUUUGAAGUCCUAGAGUCCAGCCCUCUUUGUGACCUUGGGUGCCCGUGAGAAUGGUGGCAAGGCCCUAGACCAUGUUCCACACCAUGACAUGUUGGCUCCAGCUCCUGAGCCUUCAUCUGGUGCUCCUGAACGGGGCCCCGGGGGCCGGCUGCCCGGCCCGAUGCGAGUGCGUGCCGCAGCUCCGGUCUGUGGUGUGCCACCGCCGGCGCCUCACGGCCAUCCCCGAGGGCAUCCCCACCGAGACCCGAAUCUUGGAGCUGAGCCGCAACCGGAUCCGCUGCCUCAACCCCGGCGACCUGGCGUCCUACCCGCUCCUGGAGGAGCUGGACCUGAGCGAGAACAUCAUCGCCCACGUGGAGCCGGGGGCCUUCGGGAACCUGCUGCACCUGCAGACCCUGCGCCUGCGCGGCAACCAGCUGAAGCUGAUCCCCCCGGGGGUCUUUACCAAGCUGGGCAACCUCACCCUGCUGGACCUGAGCGAGAACAAGCUGGUCAUCCUGCUGGACCACAUGUUCCAGGACCUCAGGAACCUGAAGCGGCUGGAGGUGGGCGACAAUGACCUGGUCUUCAUCUCGCAGCGGGCCUUCUCCGGGCUGCUGGCCCUGGAGGAGCUCACGCUGGAGCGCUGCAACCUCACCACGCUCUCGGGGGAGUCCCUGGCGCACCUCCAGAGCCUGGGAGCGCUGCGGCUGCGCUACCUGGGCAUCCCGGCCCUGGAGGAGCACAACUUCCGGCGCCCCGGCCUGCUGCACCUGGAGAUCGACAACUGGCCCCUGCUGGAGGAGGUCACAGCCAGCAGCCUUCAAGGCCUCAACCUGAGCUCGCUGUCCGUCACCUACACCAACAUCAGCGCGGUGCCCGCCGCGGCCCUGCGUCACUUGGCCUACCUCACGUCCCUCAACCUCUCCUUCAACCCCAUCAGCACGGUGCCGCGCGGCUCCUUCCGGGACCUGGUGCGGCUGCGCGAGCUUCACCUGGCCGGCGCCCUGCUGGCCGUGGUGGAGCCGCAGGCCUUCCUGGGCCUGCGGCAGAUCCGCCUGCUGAACCUGUCCAACAACCUGCUGGCCACGCUGGAGGAGAGCACCUUCCACUCCGUCAACACCCUGGAGACGCUGCGCGUGGACGGCAACCCCCUGGCCUGCGACUGCCGCCUCCUCUGGAUCGUGCAGCGGAGAAAGACGCUCAACUUUGACGGGCGGCUGCCCUCGUGCGCCACGCCCGCCGAGGUGCGGGGCGACGCGCUCCGGGAGCUGCCCGACUCCGCCCUCUUCGAGUACUUCGUCUGCCGCAAGCCCAAGAUCCGCGAGAGGCGGCUGCAGCACGUCACGGCCACGGAGGGCCAGGCCGUGAGCUUCUUCUGCCGCGCCGAAGGGGAGCCGGAGCCCGGCAUCACCUGGCUGACGCCCCAGCACCAGGUGGUGACGGCGGCCAGCGGCGGCAGGGCCCGGGUGCUGGUGGGCGGCACGCUGGAGAUCCGGGAGGUCCAGGGCCAGGACAGCGGGACCUACGUCUGCGUGGCCAGCAACGCCGGCGGCAACGACACGUACUUUGCCACGCUGAUGGUGAAUCCGGGGGCCAACCGGACCCUGGGGCCCGCCGAGGGGGGGGACCUGGCGGCUCGCAAUGACACGCAGCCCCCCCGCUUCCCCCUGGACCUCACCACCAUCCUGGUGUCCACGGCCAUGGGGUGCAUCACCUUUCUGGGGGUCGUGCUCUUCUGUUUCCUCCUGCUCUUCGUGUGGAGCCGGGGCCGGGGCCAGCACAAGAGCAAUUUCUCCGUCGAGUACUCCUUCCGUAAGGUGGACGGGCCGGCGGCUGCGGCUGGCCAAGGGGGUGCCCGCAAGUUCAACAUGAAGAUGAUCUGACUCCUUCCAGCCGCCUGGGAUGACCUCUUCCCAUCAGCCCCUCGCUGCCUCCCUCCCGGCCGGGAGGUCCUAGUGUUCCCGCCUUUCGCCUGCUCCGCGGGGUGAAGGGGGCGGUGAGCCAGCCCUCCCUUUGGCUACCUGACUUCGGCAAGAGCCUCAGUUUGCUUCUCUGGGAGGGGGGGAGGGGAGAGCAAGUAGGCCCUUGCUCUCUGGGGCCCCUUCGGACUCUCAACUCGCUGAUCUUAUGAUCCUUCUCCCUGUUAGCGAGUAGAUCUCCAAGGGGGAAGGGGAAGUUGUCCCCCCAGAGGCCCCUCGGCUAGGGUGAUUCGAUGUAGGGAAGGGGCUCGUAGUUAACUUACCCCAGUGUCUUGAAGGGGGAGUUUCCAUGCCUGAGAAACUCCAGAUCAUGCAGUGAGGAGAACCAGACCUCAGCACCUAAUCUCCCCUCUACCCACCUCCUCCAGGGUCUGGGUGAGUGUCUCCCCACCCUACCUUAACCUGAGUUUUAAAAAAAAUAAUCAACUAUGCAUUUCUCAAAGGGUGGGGAACAAGAGGGGAGGCACAGCCGGGGCUUGGUGGAGGGGGGCUUAUUUCCUUCUCAAAAACAGAAACAACGCCUUUGGGCAGAAAUGCUUUUUUCCCCAAGGAUGCAUUUCUAAAGGCUUUUCAGCCAAGGUCUUCUGACCGCUGACAGGGCUGCAACUCUGGGUAAAACAGGGGAGGAUCCCUUCUCCUUCCCUGUCCUCCUCAGGCCCUGUGCAGACCUUAGGUCUCCCAGAGAAGGGGCUGGAAGGGGUGAGACAUCCUAUGGCAGCUCUCAGCGACUUGGGGGGCACACAGGUGAGACAUCGGUAACACUCACCGCUAACCCUGGGGGCUCCUACCUGAAACCGUACCCGUAGCCCGCGUGAGGGGGACCAUGCAGUUUCCUCCUAGAUCAUACCCAGAGCACAUGCACAGCUCAAACUCAGAGGCCCAGUGACCAUAGAGCUGACACCCAGAGCCUCCACCCGGGGGCAACUCUCAGUGCCCCCACUACUGCCCAAGGUCAGCGACAGGGAUGAGACGACCUUUGCCCCAGCAUCUCCCACUCCAUUUUCAUGGCUCGUAUUCUCUCAUGUGGCAGAGCUGGAUAUGGUGAAAACCAAACCGGAAGGAGCAUGGGCUCAGUUGCCACACUACCAAAAUGCUUGGCGAAUACGACUGGGGAAGUGGUGUGUUUGCCUAGUGGUUAGAGCUCCUGAGAGUGAGAUCAGAAUCACUGUCUCCUUGCUGUGUUGUGUCUCCCCCCCAGCCUCAGGCCUGGACCCUCGACUGGGCCCAUCCCAGAAAGCUGGCCUAUAAACCCAGGCCACUCGGCACAGAGGAAUGGGGAGAGGGUGGCUGUUGGGGAGCACCUCCCCCUUGCUAGGGACGCAUUCACGGGAUGUUUCAGGAGUAGACUGGGCAGCUUCUCAGAGAUUAUGUGAGUGGGGCCUGGAACUAUAGGGAGCACUAGGCAAAGAUGGCCUGAGCUCAAGGGAAACUGCCAGCUUGGCCCUGGAGCCUGGAGGGGAACCCAGCAGGAGAGAAACAACUUGCUUCAGAGUAGACAGGGAGAGAGCAGGAAGAAGCCUCGAAGGCCAUCACAUAGGCAGGCAAGGUGGUACAAUGGAAAGAGCCAUGGGCUCUUUUUGGGCCGGGGGCUCGUGGGAUUGUCCACCCUGAAUGGAUGGCAACGAAGCUGCUUUUCAGAGUUUCUUCCAGCUGCAUGGGGAAAAGGGGAGAGGGGGGCUUGUUUUUAUAAAACAUCCAGUCCAGCCCCUCAUUUUUCAGAGGAAAUUGAGUCAGAAAUGUUAAUGAGCUGGGGUUGGGGAGGAAGGGGCAAGGGAGGGGGAAAGAGGGGUGGGAUUCUGGCCACAGCCUUUGUUCAUCCUCAGUAGUCAGGGCUGAGAGAGAGGUGGUUCAAAGGCCUGCUCAUCAUCUCUCUUUUCUCCUGCUGCUGCCGGCUGUUUCAGGAGAACUGGGCUAUGGCCUCAGUUUCCCCUCUGCACAGUGGAGCUGGAGGCAGAAGAUUUAGACAAACCUGAUUUGUUUCUUGACUUGACUUGCUUUAUUUCUCCCUACGCCACCAUGGCUUUUCCUAUCAGAAAACCGGAGUCCUCUUUUUAUUAGGCAACCACAGGAAGUUUGCUCAUUGGAAGGGGACACCUUUUUUUUUUUUAACCAAUAAAAAGUAGAGAUUAUAGUUACCUUUCUGUUCUCCAGAAUCAUAGUAACUACGAAAUGUCAGAGCAGGAAGAAGCCUCGAAGGCUGUCACAUAGGCAGGCACAGUGGUACGAUGAAAAAAGACUCAGAAGUCAGAGGAUCUGAGUUCAAAUUCUGCUUCUGAUGCUGACUGUAAGCUUGAGGAAGUUGUGUAAUUCCCCUGGGCCUCAGUUUCCACACCUGUAAAAUGAAGAGUUUGGACUGAUUUCUGGGGACUCUUUCAACUUUUAAUGCUUAUGAUACAAAUCUCUUAUUUUAUCUCGGGUGAUUGAGACCCAGAUAAGUGAAGUGAACCUCUGAUUCAGAGGUCAUAGGAAGGGAAGGAUGCUGGUUAGUUCAGAAACCUAAUAGGAGGGGCUCACUGCCUGCUAGGAUUCCAGCCCCCCAGGGAUCCACAGGCAAUCCCAAGUGCUGCUACUCACCCCCCACAGUGGCCCAAUAUUCCAAGCUGGGAGUUCCUGUACAAAAGCUUGUGAGGAAUUAAAGAGGUCCAGCAAUGGGAGAGAAGAAGGGCAGAGAGAAAUCCUGAGCUAGCAUCAGGGAUUCAGAUAAAAAAGUAGAAAUCAGAAUUUAGCUCUACCAUCAACCUGCCUGCACAAUCUGGGUCUCACUUUCUGCUCUUUCGGGAGGGGGUUGGACUAAGGCUCAGGCCCUCCUAGAACUGAUUUUGGGCUCUGUGCUCUUAAGCCCUGCCUGUGAUAACUUUCCCUAUUUAAAAGAGUGGUUCAUGAUUUCCUCCAUCCUGAUCUCAGAACUGGUUCAUAUCACACUCAGCUUCCUCCUAACACCAUUUUUUGUCUUUGGGUAAAGGAAAACUGAGACAUGAUUCUUCCUUUUAAAGGUAUACCAGUUCUGUCCCAGGGGAUCCACAAAUGAAUGUUGAUGGAGCAGGGGCCAGUCAAAGCUGCUAACAAAGACUGGUGUGAUCCUCCCAACUCUGGGGAGAGCAAGGGAGCAGAGCAGAGGGUCUGGACACUAGGGCUGCUAGGCUGAAACCCCAGCAGCGAUGGGCAGGGAGGGUGAAUUAGGACAAGUCAUCCGCUCUGGAUCUAAUUCUUGUUUUCUGGAAAAGAGGAGAGUCCAACCUUCCUUCUUUCUGCCCUUUGCAGACAACAUAGAUGAAGAGUUCUUUUUUAUGAGACAAGAAGUCUUGGAUCCCCUGGGGCAGAGAGACUGGCCCCAGAACAGUGGACUUAUUUCCUAUCGCCAUCCGAUUUUUCUCUCUUCCAGAAGAGGACAUAAGUAAAUCCCUUUUUGGCCCCCUCCUCUAUAAAAUACCUUGUCUCCACACGAUUUUCUGUAUAAAAGCAUGUGUGAUCUCUCUAAGCCCUCACUGGCUUCUGCCUCCUUCUUGGGAUAUGUGGUUAUGGGGGGAAGUGACAAGGGAAAAACUCAACUGAGACAUUCCUUCAUUGUAUGACUGUACAAGGGGUUCAGAGACAUCUCACACAGCACAAAAAGGGCUAUCCCAGUCUCUGUUCCUGCAGACAAUAAGGAUUUGACCCCUGAAAACCUAGGGAAGGAAGCCCUCAGAGUCUUGCUAAUGAGUUUUCUCCCCUUCUCCCCUCACCCAACUCUGUGAACAGGUCAUUCUUAAUUUUCUUUCACUUAACGGUAUUUUAUUUUUCCAAUUAUAUGUAAAGAUAGUUUUCAACAUUUAUUUUUGUAAGAUUUUGAGUUCCAACUUUUUCUUCCUUCCUUUCUUCCUUCCCUUCCUCCUGCUAAGACAGAAAGCAAUCUGAUAUAGGUUAUACAUGUACAAUCAUGUUAAACAUAUUUCCACUUUAGUCAUGUUGUGAAAGAAAGAUCAGAACAAAAGGGAAAAAACACAAGAAAGAAAAAACAAAAAACAAUAAAAGUGAAACUAGUAUGCUUUGAUCUGCAUUCAGACUCCAUAGUUCUUUCUCUGGAUGUGGAUAGCAUUUUCCAUCACAAGUUGUUUGGAAUUGUCUUGGAUCAUCGCAUUGCUGAGAAGAGCGAAGUAUCCUAGUUGAUCAUCACACAAUGUUGCCAUUACUGUGUACAAGGUUCUCCUGGUUCUGCUCACUUCACUCAGCAUCAGUUCAUGUAAGUCAUGGUUUUUCUGAAUUCUGUCUGCUCAUCAUUUCCUAAAGUAGAGUUAGAUUCAUAUAACGCAAUUUGAUCAGCUAUUCUCCAGUUGAUGGGCAUCCUUUCAAUUUCCAAUUCUUUUAUACCGCAAAAAGAGCUGGUAUAAAUAUUUGCAUAUAUAUAGGUCCUUUCCCCUUUUUAAUGAUCUCUUUAGGAUACAGAUGUAGAAGUGAUUGCUGAAUCAAAGGGGAUACACAGUCUUAAAUCCUUUUAACAUAGUUCCAAAGUGCUCUACAAAAUGGUUGGAUCAGUUCACAAUUCCACCAACGAUGCAUUACUAUUCCAAUCUUCUCAUUCAUCAUUUUCCUUUUUUUGAAUGGAUCCUUCUUGAGCAGUGAAGCUUAUAAGUUCAGUGAGUAGAAAGGUUCAUAAGUAGGAAAGGCCAGGGUGGGGAAAGAAACAGGACCAUUGUUGCUAUAAUAAAUGGAACGUUCCCCUUUCAACAGGAGGACUGAGCAGUCAAAUUUGGGUUUAGGAAGUGGGAGGUGGUGGAAUGGAUUUAGUCAGACCAUACGUGGAAUCCUGGGCCCCACAUUUUGGGAAGGAUGUUGACAAACCAGUGUACAUCCAGAGGAAGGCAACCAUAUAUGGAAGAGGGUUGGUUGAGGGAACUGAAUAUUUAACAAGGAGAAAAAAAAAGACAUUGGGAGCACAUGAAAGCUCUCUUCAUUGUCAUAUGGAAGAAGCACGAGACUUGUUCUAUUUAGCUUCAAAAAACAGAACUAAGCAGGGGGUGGAAACUACAAAAAAGCUGAUGCAAUCUGACAAAGAAAUCCCAACAUUAAGAAUGGUCCAAAAACUAUAAGGUAUUGCAUUCUUUAUCAAUGGAGGUGUUCAAACAGAGCCUUGGAGGAUCACUUCUCAGGGAUAUUGUACACAGGAGGUUCACAAUUAGUCUAUUAGAGUUUAUUAAGGGACAGCUAUGUGCCAUAUGUACCAUAUGCUGUGUUAAACUUUGGGGAUAGGAAGAAAGGAAAAAUCAGUCUUUAUUCUCAAGAUGCUCACAGUUUCAUUGGAGGGAGGGAGGAAGAGGCUGGAAGAGACAGCAAAAUUCAAACAACUAUUUGCAAGCAAAAAAAUAUGAUAAAUUGGAAGUGGUUUUAGGGGAAUGAAAAUUACUGGCUUUAGGGAGGAUUGGGAAGGGCUUCUUGCAGGAGGUGAGGAAGGAGAACUUUUCGGGUAUGGAAAUGCCCAAUCAUGAAAUGGAGAAUCCUUCGGAGGAAGAGCAAGGACAAUGUCUCCCAAAAUACCUAAAGAAGAUGAGUAAGAUAAAUGAAGACUGGAAAAAUAGAAAGGGCAAGGUUAUGCAAGGCUUUAAAAUUAAAUGAGAUUUUGUAUUUUAUCCUGGAGGCAUUCAAGAACUAUUGAGGUGGAUGAAAUGGGAGAGGGGAAUUGACAUGGUUACACCUGUGCUUUAGGAAGAUAUUUGGACAGUUGAGUGGAGCAGGAAGAAACAAGUUAGGAGAUCCAUGAGCAGACUAUGAUAAUAGUCCAGACAUGAGAUGGCCAUGUCAGAGAAGAGAAAGGAGCGUAUAGGAGAGAUACUUCAAAGGUAGAAAAGUCAGAACCUGACAAUCAGUUGGAUAUUGGGAGGAUUGAGGAGUACAGGAUGAUAUAUUUAGAUUGUGAGCUUGGGUGAAUCAGAGAAUGGUGGUAUCCUCACUCAUAGCAAAGUAAAGAGGAGAAGAGAAUUUUUUUAGUGGGAAGAGAAAAUCAUGAGUUCAAUUUUGUACAUGCUGAGUUUAAGAUGACUAUGGGACAUUUCAGGUUGAAAUAUCUGGGAUAGUUGGAAAUUCAAGACUGGAGGUUGGGAAAAAGGUUCAGGAUGGAUGGAUACAUCUGAGAAUCAUCUUUGUGGAAGCUGACAAGCUCUUCAAGUGAAAUAGUAUAAAGAGCUUUGGAGGAAUUCCACUGAGGUACAGAUUAGACUAAUUGCUUCCAACGUUGAGGUUCUGAUCUCAUCACCUUAUCAAAUUCCACCUGCUAACACAAAUUCUAACAGUCCUUUGUCUCUUAGCUACAUCAUAGGGUCCAUCUGAGAUCCCUGAGGCUACAAUUAAGGGAUAAUGGUCUCCCUUUAUUUCCUUUUAGGAGAAAGGCUUUAUUCAUAAACUUUUAAAACCAUGGUUUUUUUUUUUUUUUUGAUGAACACAAAUAAAGUCUCUUCCCUUCUUACCUCUCUCCCUUUUAUCCUAAAAGCUUACUGUUGAUUAUGAGAAAGUCCAGGCAUAAGCACUACUCAAUUUCCAACUCCAAAUCAGCACUAUUAUUUCAAAGCCAUCUCAGCUGAGAUGUUUGCUCUCCUACCCUAACCAUUUCACCAUUCUGAAUGUCUUGAGCCAGUCCACUAAGGAUAUCUUAUUUGGAGCCCAACUCCCCUCUCUACGGUUCUAUUCAGUUCUUUCCUUUUGGAUUUAUCCCUGCAGGUUCCAAUUUAUUUAUUCCUAUAUGUAUUUAUAAUAUAUUAUUCCUAUAUAUAGCUUGUUUGUACAUAUUGUAUGUUAGCUUGUGAGCUCCUUGACAUCAGGGACUAUUUUUUCCCUUUCUCUGAACCCCCAGAGCUUAACACAUUACCUGGCACACAGCAAUCACUUAAUAAAUUCUAAUAGAAUUGUCUAAUAGAAUGGCUGUCUGCUAAGGCUUUCCUCUCUGAGUCAGACUGAGCCUCCCAACAGCUCCCUAGUGCUGUUAGAACUCAUCUCCAAAAUAACUCAUGGGUUAAGAGUGAUCCAAAACCUCUAUAAGAUAUUGAGUUCUCCAUCAAUGAAGGUGUUCAAGCAGAGGCUGGAGAUCACUUCUCAGGGCUAUUGUAGACAGGAGGUUCACAAUUAGUCGAUUAGAAUUUAUCAUGGCUGGAGAAUUGCCAUAGGGUCUUCCUGCCUCAAGUUUCUCCCCGCUCUCAUCUUCCACUCAGCUGCCAAAAUGAUCUCCCUAAAGCACAGCUCUGUCAUGUCAUUUCCCCUCUCCCACUUAUCACCCCUCCCGCCCUGCCCUUGAAUGCCUCCGGGAUAAAUCACAGGAUGCUUUCCCUCCUUUUAUUUACUCCCGGCUUCCCAAUUUCCCUACUUUUGUUUGAGUUACAUCAAUGGCAGAUAGAGGAAUUGGGUUCCAACUCCACCCCUGACGGAAGCUACUGUGUGGACUUGGGCUAGUCACUUAAGAGUGUCAGCCUUCUUUGGGUCUCAGGCUCCCCACCUAUAAAAGCAAGACUCAGGCUAGGUCAGGGGUUCUCAAAGUGUGGCCGAGGGGUUCUGGGGAGUCCUCGUGGUCAAAACACUUUUCAUAAUAAUGCUAUUUUAAUCUAUAACAUAGCAAAUAUCAACAAAACCUACACAAACAAAAAUUCUUAGCGAGCGGGAUUCUCCAUUUUUAAGAGUGGGAAGGGGUCCUGAGAACUGCUGAGCUGGAUGAUUUCUCUGGUCUCCUCCAUCUCCAAGAAUCCACCAGUUUAUUACCCACAAGUAUAGUUCUCGGUGCUUUAUGGCACGGUGACGUGGAGAGGACACAGAUCAUCCCCCUGAUUCUACAGCUAAUAAAUGAUUGUGUUUCCCCAGCAUUGUAUGGUUUACAUGAGCCUUCCUCAUGAUCUCCAUGAGGUAGGGACACAGGACAAAUAUCAUCACCCCUUUACAAAUAAGAUACUAAAGUUCAAACCAGAUGGAAGUUCCCAAAGUGCUCCACAAAUAAUCGGUUCCUCAUAACAGCUGGAAUCUUCCUCCCUUGCACUUGGUCCCCCGGGGCCGCAGGCUCUUUCACGAGGCAGCCAGCUGCUCUAAAUGACUUGACUCGACUGGACAGCUGCUAAGUGGCUGAGCCAGCCUCCAACCCAGGUCUCUCCAGCACAGAGCUGGCUCUGGAACGGCUGUAGCAGGCCAGCUGUCUCUCAGGUGUGCCCUCACACUAAUUUCUCAGCUAAUGACAUCCUGGGGCUGAAAACCUGAAAGGGCAUAAAUGUCCUCAAAGAACAGCAUUACUCCUGCACCCUGAGUGAGUGAUUUGGGAAGCCUCAUUCAAUCAAUCAACGAGCACUUCUUAAACACCCAGUAUAGGAUUAUUAGUCAAUGAUAAAACAAAGGCAAAAAUGAAAUAGUCCUUGCCCUCAAGGAGUUUACACUCCUUGGAGAGCUAAUGUGCAUGGACAUAUUUUUAUAUAUGCACAUGAACGCAUUGUGUAUAUAUGUGUGUAUGUUUUCUUUUUUAUUGUUUAUUAUUGUUUAUUUUUAAAGAGUAGAGAAAAGAAAAAUGAAAGGAAAAUAAAACAAAAAGGAGCGUCAUCGUGUGUCCAGCAGAACACCAAGAAGGAUUCAAAAUAUAUAAUAAUAAAUUACCAGUUCAAGAAAGGAAAUGUAAUAGUAAAAGAAAUUAUAGAUAUGAAUGUCCAUCUUUUCUUUGCUUCCUUGUAGCUUGUUUUGUUCUCUGCUGUGUACUUUUUUUUUACUUUAUUUUUUUUUCCCUUUCAUACCUUCCCAUCUGCCCCAAGCAAGCUAUAGUAAAGCAUCGAUAUAUUUAUAUAUGCAUAUAGAUAUAUACAUACAUACACACAUACAUUUAUAUACACAUGCAUACACAUUACACCCACCCACAGACCCACAUACAUGUACAUAUAUCUCUAUACACACAUACAUAGAGCAACGUGCAUACAUACCUACAUAUACUCACAUAUAUACACACAUGUACAUAUGUAAACAAGCCUUUGAAACAAUAUUAGUAUGGCUGAAUAUAAUGUAGAUUUCUCUCUUGAUUGAAUCUUUAAAUUUGACUUUGUCUAAGAUCAAUAAUUACUAGCCCUACUUUUUUUCUAAUAAAUUUGAGAACUGAUCCUUGUUGUAUUUACGUAUAUGUCGCUUUUCUAUCCCUGUUAACUCUUCUACUUUAAUUCUGCUCCUUAACUUGCCUAGCUAUUACUUAAACUCCCCCACCCAUGGAUCCCUCCCUUGUCUUCUGCCCUCACCCUUUGCUUCUCCCUUCAUCCAUCCCUCUCCCCUUAAUUCUUUAUAGAUUUUGGAGGGUGCUAUACUCUAUAAUAUAUAUAUAUAUAAUGUUGCUUAUUUAACCGAUGUGAGUAGGUUUUCAGAAUGACAAGCCCUCCUCCUGCCUCUAAUGCUUCUGUGUCUGUUCUUCUGCACCUCAUUUGUAUAAUAUAAUUACUAUUUUUACCUUAACUCUGCCCCAAUCUUUCUUUUGAGCUACCCAAUUGCUGAUGUCAAUCUUAAACCUAUGGUACACAUUUCCAUGGAAAAAAUAUGAACAAUUUGUCCAUGUUAAGUUCCUUGAAAAUUGAUCUUUGAGAAUGGCUCUUGGAUGUUCAAUUUUCUAUUGAGUUCAUAUGUACAUAUAUGUAUAUGUAUCUAUCUAUAUCUAUGUGCAUGUAUAUAUCUAUGUACACAAUCUGAGAAGAAGUAAAAUAUCUCCCUUCUCCCCCCACUCUCACUAGCAAGUGACUGACAUAAAAAAACCAAAUUGUUACAGGCUGGAAGGCCAUGGUAUCUUGUAAUCAGCCAAAGAUAUAUUAAAGAUCUUGUCUCUCUGA